AAUAAUUGAAAGUAUAAUGAAGGAAAGCCCAAGGAAAACGCGUAGAAGUGAUAAAAGUCACGUAUCCAGAAGACAUCUAGUACUUCCGGGUCGCGUUAAGCGCGCUGUAUUCACGUGUAGUAUUAUGAAACAGGGUGAGUCCCGUUUAAAAAGAAAAAAAAACCCUCUUUUUUGUGCUCUGGGGUUGUGACGUGUAUUUGAGGGUGAUAUCUACAAAAAAAGUUUUCAUUGUAUUAUAAUAGAUAACACAUGAGAAGGUGAAUAAGACUGGUUGUUAUUAAAUUGAAUCAGGACAGACUAACUAGAAUGUUUACUUACUGUAUCAGAAGGCGACUUUUUGUUUUCAGCCGUGUGAGUUUGAACCUAUCCCCUCUCCAUGAGCUGCUCCAAUUACAUAAACACUACGGGAAGAGCAGUGAUGGAGGUUCUGAUCCAGCCAUUGGCAUGUUACAGCUGUUACAGAGGCGGUUCUUCAUCUCUCCAGAUCAACACCAUGCUGUGUCUUUCCUCAAAGGCAGAACCUGUGCAUAUGGACCCUUAGGAGUGGAUCUCAAGAGGAACAUGUUGGAGCAGUGGUGGUGUUCGGUGGUCAGAUCAAGACCUCAGGUGUUCGGGAUAAGCACCCUUCAUGGGGUAGGAGAUAAGAGUGCAAAAGAAGUUGAGGAUCUUCUCAAGCGAAGGGAUUUGACUAAAGAGCAGCUGGGUGAAAGCGUGGCUGUGCUUCUUCAACAGAGACGACCUUUGCGGACCAGUCUCCUUCAAGGUGCUUUGGCGCAGUACGUCCCGUCCCUGGAGCUCACGAACAGGAAGCUGCCGUUUGGUCUGGCUGAAACCGGCCUGUGUUACCGGCCUGAAGACGACGACUCGGGUGCAGUCGGUUGCUCUUCAGAGGUGACGGAGGCGUCGCUCACGUGGUUCUGUUCCAGCCGGACGUCCUCGCAGUGGCUCGACUACUGGACACGACACAGACUAAAGUGGUGGAGAAAGUUCGCUUCAGGGCCAUCUGACUUCAGCGUGUGCGACGUUGCGGAGGACGAGCUCCACGAAGGUGCGGCCCGUGGAGUAAAGGUGCUCUAUGAGUUCCCCUGGGGCACAGAGACGCUGGAAACACUGUGGCUUCUCGGCGAUAAUGAGCUGCUCAGGAGCCACCCGGGCAGUCUAGACAAACUAAAGUGCAGAGACAGGAAGAAAGUCGUCGUGCCUCAUGUCCUCUCUCUCAGCACGAACGUGGACAGGGGAGUCCUGGCCGUCCUCUUUAACUCCCUACAGCAUAUCCAGAAAGUGGACAGCAAGGAGAGACUUCAUCAGAGAACCGUGUUGAAGCUGCAUCCUACUUUAGCUCCUGUUAAAGUAGCACUGGACAUGGGCAAAGGAUCCACCUCGGAGCUCAGACAGGUGUGUGAGGGCCUGCUUCACGAGCUCCUGGAAGUGGGAAUCAGUGCAUGGCCUGGAUACACGGACACCACGCAGUCCUCCAUGGACAAACUGCACACCAAGUAUGACGAGAUGGGCGUGCUGUUUACGAUGAUGGUCGGGGAGAACACUCUGGAGAACGGGCUCCUGCUGGUUCGCAACCGCGACACCACCAUCAGAGAGACCAUGCACAUCUCCGAGAUCAGACAGUUUAUUCUCAAAUACAUAUCCGCUGCGGAAAACGUCUGAUCCGCUACUACCCAGACUGUGUUUGAUGGACUUGUUGAUCCUGAAUCUUAUUGCACGCAGUUUGAAAUGAUCAGUGUUAAAUCUUUGUUAUUAAAGAAAAGCUCCUCUGUGAAACUCAUUAAAUAUGUUUAUACUGACAUAUUUGUGGUUUGUUAUUUAGUGAUCCCAGUGCUAAUUUGUGUUGUUCUUGUGAGACGUUAGUGGUUGUGUUGCUCUGAUAUGACAGGAUACAUUGCGGGAGCAGUUGUCAUGGUGUUUAAUUGGAGAAAAUAUUGCAGUGAUCUUAAACGUUAGUGAUAUCAGAGGUCAGAUUUUGCUGUUAGCUCCUAAAAAAACAAGCGCAAGAGCGUGUAUUAAUGAGGAAUCCAACGUAGAAUUAGGGGUGACAAGAAAAGUUGGAGUCCCGAGUUCCAGAAUGCAUUAGAGUUGCGCUGGGUUGCAGCAGAGACACGACUAGGUUAGUUAGCACAUCUAGGAGAUGGCAAGCACGCUGGAGGUGACUGUGAAAGUUCCAUUCGUCUAUUUUCCGUACCGCUUAACCUUCGCAGGGUCAUGGGGGAGGCUGGAGCCUAUCCCAGGGAACUUCGGGCACAAGCCGGGGGACACGUGGAUCCCAUCGCAGGGCACAAUCCCACACUACGGACAAUUUGGAAAUGACAUUGUCGUGGCAAACAAUCUUUCCGGUCUAACAAAAAACUUAAGAGACAGAGGAUUUGGAAAUGUCAAAAAGUAAUAAACUUUAUUGAAACAAUAAAGUGAGACCGUCUUCAGAAAGUCUGAAUUAUACAUACACAAACAUGUCUUUAUAUACUUUCUGGAAACAGUAAAAUUAUCCCUAAGCAGGGCAUCCACCUUUUCUUCCUAGGAACAAACCAAUCCCUAUUGCCUUAAUUAAUUAUUCAUAUCUAUAUGAUACCUUACAUUUGUGGUGCAUGUGUUGUCAGUUGUAUUUUCUUAAAGGUUUAAGGUUGUAGGUUCUUAAAGGUCGCAGCCUGGUACCCUUCCUCCUGGAAGUCUCAUCUGUUAUUUUGACACUGAUCUGCAAGCUUCUUUGAUUGGAAACACAGUUCUGGUGAAUGUCCAAUUGCUAAUUUAUCGCCAUAGAGUAAAGUUGCUUUAGACAAAACACAAGGUUCUUCUCAC